AUGACUUUUCUGUAUUGGGUUGGGAUUUCAGGAAACAUAAGGUCUGGUUAUGCAAAUGGUGGGGGAUUUUUAGAAGUUCAUGAUGAAUGUGACAUUGGGGAGAUGAUCAAGAUCAUUUCCUUGGCUGUAGCCGCAACGUCUGUCGCUGUCCCCCAAGGCUAUAAUCUAGCAGCGCCCUCCGGAAGAGGAUUUUCCCAUGGCUCUCAAGGUGGAGGAGGAGGAUCCUUUGGUGGCAGUGGCGGAGGAUUCUCUGGAGGAAAUGGGUUCUCAGGCGGUGGAGGUGGAUUUUCAGGCGGGGGAGGAAAUGGAUUCUCAAGUGUUGGAGGCUCUUCAUCUGGACAAGGUUAUGGGGGCGGAGGUUCCGGAGGAGCCUGCAGAGAAGGAGAGAUCCUGCACGUAGAUGGAUCGUGCGUCGUUCCCAUCGUUACAAGAAAUGUGUUCGUUUAUGAUGCUCCCGAACAGCCUCAAGAGGAAAGCGGACCACCACCAAGUAUUCCGCCGCCAAGGGUUGAUCACAACAUCCUGUUCGUACGCAUUCCUGAAGAAGGUCCAGGACCCGAACCUAUCAUUGUUCCACCACCAAAACAGGAAAACAUUGUUUACGUCCUGAACAAGAGCGGAGGUGACGGAGGACAACGCGUGAUCGAGGUAACAGCUGCUCCUCCUUCAAAUCCUGAGGUAUAUUUCGUCAACUACGAAGAGGGAGAAAAUCCAACCCUUCCUAUUGGAGUGGAUCUUCAGACUGCUCUCCGGGCAGCUGCUGAAGCUGGCGGUCAGGUCAUUGGAGGGACCAGUGGUGUUGGAGGAGGAAACGGCGGUGGUUUUGGAGGUAGUUCCGGUGGUGCAGGAGGAUUUGGAGGCGGUUCCGGUGGUGUUGGAGCAUUCGGAGGCGGUUCUGGUGGUGCUGGAGGAUUUGGAGGCGGAUUUGGUAGCAGCGGAAGUGGUGCUAGUGGUCUUGGUGGAAGUGCUGGUGGUUUUGGUGGUAGCGCAGGUAGCGGAAGGGGUUCAGGCAGUGAUCUGUAUGGUCCUCCAUCUUAA